AUGGUUGACAACCUCCUUUCAGUAUCAACUGUAACAACGCAAUCGCCACCAACCUUGGUUUGUCCACAGCCACAGAGACCUGAAUCAAAAUACCUUUUCACCAAAGAAAUUUCAUGCUUAGCCUUUGGAUUUGGGGAUGAGCCAAAUCCUAAUCAAGAUACAGUGCAUUUAUUGGAAUGCUAUAUGAUUGAAUAUGUAAGAGAUCUUCUCAGCAAAGCUUCUAAUAGAGCUCAAAGAAGAGGAGGGAAAUUGGAACUAAAUGAUAUUAUGCAUUACCUAAGGGAUCAUCCAAAACAGUAUAACAGAGUUAAAAUGAUUAUGAAGCACAAAAAAGCGACAGAAACCACCAGCAAAUUGUGGGAGGAAGAAGAGCCUGGAAAGAAGAAGAAGAAAUUAUAA